CAGUUAAGGUAAUUUUGUUAGAUGGAGGAGGAGACAGGCCAGAAAAAGGCCACAAAAUAUCUCUCCCCACCAGAUCCAGUUCUUCAAUCAAAAGCUUCGCGCAUGUGAUCAACUAUUGAAACCCCCGGUUGUCGCCUUUCGAGGGGCCAGCGGCUUUCUUCUUCUUACCUCUUUCCUCGUGGGUAUUUUCAAAGCCUUGGACUCUGAUAAGAAAGGCGAGGCUUCUUCCUACGGUAUAAAAUAUUUACUUCUUUGCUUUGUUUUGAUGUGUGAGAUCUUGUAACCACCUCUCAUUUUGGGAUUUCCCCUGCUUUUGAUUUCGUUGAUACAAUGCCGUGGAGGAAUGUUGUUGGAUCUCUUUUUCGUUUUAAGAUUUUCGGCGGCAGGUUUCAGGUUGUAUCACAAAGAAGGCCACAACUUUCCUCCAUAACUAGCGAUUGCAUUCCACCCAUUAAUUUCCCAUUGAUAGAUUACCAUAAUCAAGAGCAGCAAAAGAACAACAGAAUGAGGGAAGUGCAGCUUGGUUCACACACGUUAAGGUCCGAUGGAGUCACCGUUGCGAGGAUACACAUGCACGAUUGGUUUAUAUUUCUUCUUCUUGUGCUGAUUGAAUUCAUCCUAAAUCUUUCCCAUCCAUUUUAUCGCUAUGUUGGGAAGGACAUGAUGACUGAUCUCAAAUUUCCCUUUAAAGAUAAUACUGUUCCUUUCUGGGCUGUACACAUCUAUGCAGUUCUUCUGCCAAUAGUAGUUUUUCUGUUCGUAUAUUGGCGUAGAAAGGAUGUCUAUGAUCUUCACCACGCCAUACUAGGUCUCUUAUACUCUAUCUUAGUAACAGCAGUCAUUACCGAUGCGAUAAAAAUUGCAGUGGGACGACCUCGACCGAACUUCUUUUGGCGUUGUUUUCCCGACGGGAAAGAUGUUUAUGAUAAACUAGGCAAUGUUGUAUGUCAUGGUGAUGAGCAUGUUAUCAAGGAAGGGCAUAAGAGCUUUCCAAGUGGGCAUACUUCAUUGUCUUUUGCUGGUCUCGGUUUCCUGUCAUUGUAUUUAUCAGGGAAAAUCAAAGCAUUUGACCAGCGAGGCCACAUUGCAAAACUCUGCAUUGUUUUUCUUCCCUUGCUUUUCGCAGCUCUCGUUGGCAUAUCUCGGGUGGACGACUACUGGCACCAUUGGCAGGAUGUAUUUGCUGGAGGUCUGCUUGGGCUGGUCAUAUCUACCUUCUGCUACUUGCAGUUCUUUCCUCCUCCAUACAACUCUCAAGGUUGGGGACCGUAUGCAUACUUUAGAGAGUUGGAGAUGCUUGCUACUAAUACUCGACCUCCAACGAAUUGCACAUUUGUGGUCAAUCAAGAGGAUGUCGAACGACAGACCGGGAACGAGGAGGACGACCGAAGCAACGGUAGAUUUCUCUUACUGUCCACCGAUUCAAAUUCUUGUUUGUCAAUGCAGGAAAUUGAAAGUGAAACUGAGGGGAAAUAAGUGCUUGCAUAUAUGUAUAUUGUUGCUUUGGAGGCUUCCACGGCACAGCAUUGCUUGUAUGUGUGUGGUGCAUUAAACAAUACGGAUCGUUUGUAUAGCAGUGUCUUCUUUGAAUACACUUUUUUUCUUUUUACUUCUGAACUCUUAGUCAA